AAAUGACGAAUUACAAUGACGUAUGAUACACUGAACUAUGAAGAUUGAUUGAAAUAUGAGAGUUGUCAUGUAGUUCACGUAAGGGACAACUUAGGAAAACUGAGUGAAGGGGUAGGAUUGGUUCAUCGCAGUAUAUCUCUUUUCUUCCCGGCUCCUCCUACUAACUUUGCUUCCGGAAUUUGGACUACGAAUGUUGUGAGCAUAGCUGUUAAUAAUGGAUUUCAGUAAGAUUCUCUCGAUUGCUUCUGCUAACCAGGGCCUGAGUGCAAUUCCGAAGAGAUACAGUUUGACUGUUGGUCCACCCAAAAAAGAUCCAAAAGUGAAAGGCGUGCAGUCUGAUGCGGUGAAAGCAUUUCUGAGACGCAAAGAAGAAGAAGAAAAGCGAAAAGCUUUAGGUGAAAAAAGAAAAAAGGAGGAGCUUCUAGCCAAGCGUGUUGAACUAAAACAUGACAAAAAAGCAAGAGCCAUGGCUUCUCGUACAAAAGAUAACUUUCAAGGUUACAAUGGCAUUCCCAUUGAGGAAAACCCCCCAAAAAGAAAGAGGAGAACCAAGGCAGAAAUGGAGGAAGAAAGGAGGAGGAUGAGAAUGGAGAGAGAAAGCCAAGUGACAGAUGAGGAAGGUUAUAACAAUUACCAGAUUGAUUCUGAGGAAGAGGAAGAGCAGGAAGAGCAAGAAGAUAAAGAGCAGGAAGAGCAAGAAGAAAGUAUCUCGGAACCAGCAUCUGAGCCUGAACCAGAAUCAGAAUCUGAUUCAGAGUCAGAACCAGAACCAGAGCCAGUCAGAGAGCCUGAAAAACCUGCUCUUAAAAAAACACCACAAUCUAAACCUAUGAACUUCAUGGAUCUUCUCAAACUUGCAGAAAAAAAACAAUUUGAACCAGUAGAGCUAAAGACAGUAAAAAGGGCUGAAGAUAGACCAAGAACAGCAGAGGAGUUAAGAGAACUGGAGUACUUGGAGAGAAGAAAGAAAUUGGAGAAGGAUACUAGUCAUUUAAAAAACAGUAAUUCAGUGAAGGAGUCAAAACAUGUAAAACCAGUUAGAAACUCUGAGGAAAAACAGACCUCGGCAAAAACAAACUCUUCGUCCUCCAGUGUAAGUGACAAAAAAUCAAAACAUUUGCCUACAACACAAAAGCCUUCAGGAUCACCUUCAAUCAAAAGUAGUGAAAGUUUUAAGACAAAAGUAGAACAGGGUGGAUCUGUAAAGCAUUCGUUAAAUGCAAAGAGUGAAAAAUCUCAAAUAGAAAAAGUCCGAAUUAAUGAAGUAGGGAAAAAAUCAGAAGCAAGCCCUGUACCAGCAAGGUCCAAGGUAGCAGUUUCCAGUGGAAUACAAAAAGCUGUUGCUACUAAAGACAUUAAUCAAAGAAAAACGGUGUCAUCUUCACCAUUUUCAAAGACCAACACUGGAUCUUCAUCAGGAAGUGGAGCAAGUUCUUCUCUGCAUCGUACUGGUCCUAGUGGACAUGUUUCAAAAUCUGGAGUUGCAAAUUCAGUUAACUUUUCAAAAUCUGGAGGAAGUCUUCACCCUAGGUCUGAAAAAAAUAUUCCAGUGCGACCAGGAAGUAAUGCUUUGGGGCAUGACCAUCAUGAAAAUACAACAAAGUCAAAAUCUGGAAUCGGUGCCGUCACAAAAUCGGACUCUUCCAUUAGGUCUGGUCAUGGACAACAAAAGCCAGCUAAAAUGGUCUCUGGACAUUCUGGGCACAGUGCUCACUCAAUGCAAGGGAGUGGGCCUGUUCGCCCUGAAAGCCAUACCAAAUCAAAAUCCGACAGCAGUCUUCCUGGACGUCAAGGAGGUAGUGCUCCUCCACGUUCAGGAAAUACUGUUAUGUCAGCACCUGCACGAUCUGACAAUAAUGCCAAGUUAAAAUCAGGAAACCCUUUUCCUAUUCGACCAGGAAGUAAUACUUCCAUAAGACCAGAAAGUACUGCAAAAUCAGGACCUGGCCAGCAUUUAAACCACAGCAAAUUAAAACCUGGAAGCUCUGCUUCUGGCCAUCCAAAAACUGGUGCCCCUGCUCGUCCGGGAAGUACUGUUACAUCAGGACCUGGUCGACCAAACAAUCUGACCUCUAAGCCUAAAUGUACUGUUGUUUCAGAAACCAUUUCCUCAAAGAACUUUGUAGCUAAACCGAACAGUGGAUCUAUGUCUGGUAUGAGAGCACCACCCGCAGGACAUAGACCCAUGAUGCGUCCUCCAGUUCCUUCAAUGCCACCUAUAAACAUUAAUUAUAAACGGCGAAUAGACGAAGAGGAUGAGUAUGAUUCUGAAAUGGAUGAUUUUAUAGAUGAUGAAGGAGAACCUCAAGAAGAAAUAUCCAGACACAUAAGAGAGAUCUUUGGUUAUGACCGGAACAGAUACAAGGAUGAGAGUGAUUAUGCAUUGAAAUACAUGGAGACGAGUUUUAGGGAGCAGCAAAAAGAAGAGGCAAGGAGCUUGCGUUUGGGUAUCCUUGAAGACCAGGAAGAAAUAAGAAGGGAGGAAGAAGAAUUAAAAAGAAAAGCAAUGAAAGCAAAGAAACGGAAAUUGUAGCAUACAGCAACCUAACCCCUGCAAUUUUAUUUAUUAAUUUAAAUAAGUCUUAUGUGUAGAGACCACAUACAUGGAGAACUAUACAGUAUCUGUACCUUUUGAAGUUUAAAAUAUUAAUUUUCUUAAACAUCAUCUCCUGCAAUAAACAUUUCAUUUUCUUUAA